AUGGCUGCGAAUCAGGUGGAAUACAGCAAUGCUGUUCCCACACCCAAGGACUCUGAAAUCGAUCGAGAGGAUGCCACUAUUGAUAUUAAGCAUAUUAAUUGGGAACAUCACGGCCCCGGCUCCUGGCUCUCAAUCUGCUCCAAGCCCGGAGUCCGAUGGGUGGCAAGUAAAGCUGAAACAUCGCGCUUUGGACCAAUUGCACACAGUCUCGUCAUGGAUUGGACCAAGCAUCUCACGGUGUCACAAAGCCUGAGUCGAGAAAGGUGCCCUGAGCCAGACAGGGAAACGGCAUCUCGCUAUGCCGGCAGCUACUUUGAUUACUCGCACGACCGUGUGCUUGGGGCUGUGUACCGACCGGAGUUCGAGACGCAUUUGCACGUGCACUUCGAGGGAUUGCAAUCCGAUGAUGUGGCCCAUUAUGCCUUGCGGAAUGCAAUUUAUGCCAUUGGCUGUCGAGCGGCAGCGUUAAUGGACAACUCUGCCAAAUUCGCCGAUAUCCAGCAGCUGUCCUUGAGGUAUUUCCAGAACGCAUUGUCUGUCUACACAGAUCUACUUUAUAUGCCCAGCGGACUUACCGCUGUAGAGGCUUUAAUCGUCAUGACAUCGUAUGCGGAGCUUCUUGGAAGCCCGGCCGUUGAAUACAUGCUGUGCUCCUCUGCUGCUCGUCUUGCUCAGUCCAAGGGCCUACAUCGCCAACCCUCAAGGCGUUGGAAGCUCCCUGUGGUUGAAAUAAUCCGCCGGAAUUGCGUCUUCUGGGUGAUUUAUGGCUACGACAAGUACCUCUCGCUGCGGUCUGGCCGGCCAUCUAUUCUCGGUGAUGACGAUAUAAGUUGUGAAGUGCCAACAGACGCCCCGGAAGGAAGCACCAUCGACAUUGAAAUGUUUACUGCCAUUGCCCAUCAUGCGAAGAUUUGCUCCCAGAUGAUGAAGCACCUGUUCUCAGUAGAGGCGUUUAAACAGCCCCCCGAGACUAUCUUCCAGCAGAUAGAGACCUACCAGGCAGAACUCGAAGAAUGGCAAACUUCCCUGCCGCCAGGCCUUCGUCUAGAAUCCUCCCUGGAUUCGCCAGGUGCUUCAAGACGGAGACAGGACGCAGUGCGACUGCAAAUAGCAUACUAUGGCAGCAUUAUUGCUCUGCAUGCUAAUAUUCACUACCCCUGGAUAAGCUCGUUUCUUCUAGCCCAUCGGGAGGCCUCAUUUCGUGAUCGAGUUUCGAACAGCUCGGCCAAAGUGGCUGCAGCAUCACGGCAAGUUCUCUUGUCACUGAAGAGUCUGGUUCCAGAUUUGAUUUCUCAAGCACCUAUUGUGUUCUAUUAUCCCAUGCUGGCCACGAUUAAUCUUUUCAUAUAUAUUCUCAAAGCACCAAUGGCCGCCACAGUGAAUUCCGAUCUUGCGCUCCUGGACAUAGCCUCAGGCCACUUCGGGCACAUCUACCAUCUAACCUCCUCGCACGUUUCCUUCAGCUUUCCACGAGAUGCGAUCAGGAUUGCAGAAAGAGCGGUCGAGGUAGCAAAGGCAGGCAAGGGGAUCCUGAAUGAGAAUGAGGAAAGGGGGUUCGAUACUAGGAUUUCCACGCCGCAUAUGCCUUCACAAGGUCUUUUCGAUGUCCGCGCUGAUGAUUUAAGUCAGACCUCUAUGCUGGAUUACUGGGACGGAUUGCCGGCGGAUUUCUUUGAUGAUUUUAUUGUUGCGGGAGAUAUGAUAGCUCUCUAA